CAGAACCACCUGUCACCAUCUUAAACGAUACGGAAAUCGAGCGGGCGCGUGUUUUGGUGAUCUUUUCGUGCCGUUUGUCAAUUGAAGUUACUCUUGGUCAACCGAUUUCUGUAUCCGAUUUCGUACAUCUCCCCCCGGACGAGAUAUGUCAAAAUACUCGCUGCUACUGCUGCUGUUAAUCGCUGCGAUUGCGCAGGAAUUAAUUGUAACGGCAGCGCAAGAUUUGCCCGAAGGCUUUCCCAAGUGCAAACGGGACGCGAACUUUGACAAAUGUCUUGUGGAUGCUGUAAAUGUGGCGAUACAGCAGCUGAAAGCUGGCAAUAAGGAAUUCGGCAUCCCGCCCCUCGAGCCGCUGACCGUGAAGAAACUCGUUAUAGACGCCGGCAAUGCGCCAAUAAAUCUGCGCCAGGCCUUGAAGAAUGUGAAGGUGCACGACAUGAUCUCUACCAGCAAGAUCCAGCGGUAUAGAACCGACCUGGACAAGCACUUGAUAAUCUGUGAUAGCCGAACGGACCGCAUUGAAAUGAUUGGUGAUUAUGAGAUGUCCGGGCGUAUACUUUUGCUACCCAUCACUGGACAUGGAAGGGCUAAUGUCACGCUGAUCAAUACUAAGAUCGAGCAUCGCCUGAUUGGUGAACCCUUCGAGCGCGAUGGUGUCAAGUACAUGCGCCUUAAGGAUUACCGCGUGUCAUUCGACCCCAAGAGGGUCUACAUGAACUUCGAGAAUCUUUUCAAUGACAAAACCCUUUCGGAUGGUAUGAAUCGAUUCCUAAACGAGAACUGGGAAACGGUGUUCAACGAGCUGAAAGUGGGAUAUGCCAAGAGCUUCGGCAUCAUAUUCCGGGAGCUGUCAAACAAACUGUUCGAGAAAGUGCCCUUUGAUAAUAUAUUUUUAAGUUAAGUGCUUUAAGUUAUGAGCUUUCACUUACCUAUUGGGUAACGCCUUAUUUAUGUUACUAAUUAGUUAAUAAAGAAAUUACAACGUA